AUGAGUGCUAAAGUAGCGCCACAGGUUAACAACAACAAGUUCCAAGAUAAGGAGAAGCCGACAGAGGUACGCAAAGCCAAUAUUCUGGCUGCGCGGUCUGUUGCCGAUGCUGUGCGCACCUCCCUGGGCCCUAAGGGUAUGGACAAAAUGGUGCAGACCAAAACCGGCGAGGUUAUCAUCACCAACGAUGGUGCCACUAUUCUGUCCCACAUGGCUGUGAUGCAUCCUGCUGCGCGUAUGCUGGUUAAUCUCUCGCAAGCCCAGGACUCUGAAGCUGGAGAUGGUACCACCUCGGUCGUUGUGCUCGCUGGUGCUCUUUUGGGAGCCAGUGAGCGACUCCUGAACAGGGCCAUUCAUCCGUCGAUUAUUGCUGAGUCUUUCCAGCGGGCUGCUCAGCGGGCUACUGAAAUCAUGCAGAAGAUGUCGCACCCCGUCGAUUUGGCUGACCGCAAACAGCUUGUGCAAGCGGCUACUACUUCUUUGAACUCUAAGAUCGUUUCUCAGCACUCUGGUAAGAUUGCUCCUAUGACCGUUGAUGCUGUGCUCAAGGUCGUAGACCCCUUGCAUCCUAAGAGUGUCGAUCUUCAAAAUAUUCGUAUCAUCAAAAAGCUUGGUGGCACGAUUGACGAUACCACUUUGAUUGAUGGCCUCGUUUUGCGCCAGAACGUUGUCAAGAGUGCUGGGGGUCCUGCUCGUGUUGAGAAGGCCAAGAUCGCCUUGAUUCAGUUCCAACUCUCUCCUCCCAAGCCUGAUUUGGAGAACCACGUUAUUGUCAACGAUUACCGUCAAAUGGAUAAGAUUCUCAAGGAAGAGCGUCAGUAUUUGCUCAACCUCUGCAAGACCAUCAAGAAGCACAAGUGUAACGUUGUUCUUAUCCAGAAAUCUAUUCUGCGCGAUGCCGUUAAUGACAUGGCCCUGCAUUUCAUGGCCAAGUUGGGUAUUAUGGUUGUCAAAGAUAUUGAGCGUGACGAGGUGGAGUUCAUCUGCAGAACUCUGGGCUGCAACCCCAUCGCCGACAUUGAAUCGUUCAGCGAGGAGCGUUUGGGAAGCGCCGAGCUCAUUCAGGAGGUCGAGCAGGCUGAGGCUAAGGUUUUGCAAAUUACUGGUAUCCCUACAAACGCCGAGCGGGCAGGUACCUGCUCUAUUGUGUGCCGUGGCUCCAACCAGUUGAUUUUAGACGAAACUGAGCGCAGUAUUCACGAUGCCUUGUGUGUCAUCCGCUGCCUUGUUAAAGAACAGGCCUUGAUUGCUGGUGGCGGUGCACCCGAGAUUGAGGUUUCUAUGAACUUGUCGAAGGAGGCUGAUGCCCUUGGUGGUGUUGAAGCAGUUUGCUGGCAAGAAUAUGCUCAGGCCCUCGAGGUUAUCCCCACCACUUUAGCCGAAAACGCUGGUAUCAACUCCAUUGAGGCCGUCACAGAGCUCCGUAACAAACAUGCUCUGGGAGAGGUCACUACAGGUAUCUCUGUUCGCCGUGGCACCGCAGAUAUUACAGUGGAGAACGUCUUUCAGCCUCUGCUUGUCAAUACAUCUGCAAUCACACUUGCCUCAGAGACUGUAAAGAGCAUUUUGCGUAUUGACGAUAUCCAAUUUAGCCGUUGA